UGGUUUUGACUCUUCAGCCAUAUGCUUUGCCUUGCUUGGCUGAGCCAUAUUGUGCCGCCACGUCUCGCCAACUUCGCUAAAGCUAAUGCCAAAUGCUAAUGGCUAGCGCAUGGCUCCCACCUCUAGUAGGCCUACAACUCCCAGCAGCCCUUGGGUAUGAGGGCCAUGUGUCUGUACUACGUAGAUGCUUUGGGAAAAUCAAAGUAUUUUCCUUUCUUCUGCUUCAUUAAAAUAUUUUAGAGGAAAUAGGGGGGUUGUCCCCUUAGUUGAGUUAAUUGCUUCUGGCUGCUUUGCGUCUUGUCUUUCAUUGGACUGUGCUAGUGUGAACGGAAUGUGCAGAAUGGAGGCUUACUUUAUGACAACAUACAGUGGUCCAGGCUUAGGCUUUUUUAGUCAACCCACAUGUAACUUUCUGCUGCUGUUAUUUAUAACAAAUAAUUAAAUAAGUAAAGAAAUAUGUCCAUUCAAAGUUUGAUAUGACAGUCCAGCCAUUGCCGUGACUUUCAGCUUGAGCAUGAUCCUCUGCCUAGCAACUUCCUACCCCAUCAUGCAGUACUGUAAAAUGAUCAGGAUGUGAGUCAUUAGCAACAGGAGGUCCCUCUGGCCGAGAGAGAGAAAGAGAGUUAGCAUGCUGGUUGGAAAGAAAGACUGCUUUGGCCCUUUCUCUGGCUGUCUGUAUGGACGAACAUAAUUCACCCUCACAAUCCUCUCCUUCUGCCCAGUUCCCACACGGCCUCUCCUGCACCCCCUUUUCCUCUCUCCACAAAGAGCCCUGUUGUCCCCUCUCUGGACGGGAGAGCCAGUCCACCUGUCGGGGCUAAGCAGGACCAUCCACAAACUUCCCAGAGCCUAUGCAUUGCCUGGUGUAACGUUACAUUAAAACACCAUGCUGGGUAACUUUCUGGAUGCAGGCCAUGGCUGUGGCAGAGCAGAUGGUCGUAUCCCUAAGGAUAAAUUAAAAUGGAUGUCUAAAUCUCAGUCAGAAAGAGGCUGAUCGAAGAUUGACUAAGUCAAAUAUGUCCCUGGCCCAAAGCCAGAUACAUCAGAGAUUCAUAAUUACAUUUCACAAACAUUUGGUAUCCACAUUUCUGCUUGGCUCUGUCUGAAUGUUGCUGAGGGGCUUGUUAUCGAUCUUUGGACAAGCUCUUAUUCUGUUUGAUUCUUGGCAUGGCAUUCAGGAUUUUAACCUUUGGCAGUAAAACUUGGAGAGAAUUGAUAGCCUGUCUGGUCUGUUCAGCUUUUCAAAACUGUCUCUGCCUCUCCUUCCGUUUUCAACUGCCUUGGCCAAUGAGAGGACCACUCCAGGCUUGACUACGUCUGUUGUCCAAGCACAUAAAAAUCAAAUGUCAUAGGCUAGAGGCUAUUCUACAUUUGCUAAUUACAGCACAGGCAAAAUAUACUCCUGGAGUGAUCUAUCUUGAGGGACCUAGAAUGCUUUCUCAGUCAAAUGUGUUUGGUAUGCAACAACCUAGUUUUACCGGACAUAAAAGAAAGCUGUUUCAGAAUUCUAAAGGUGAUGUUACAGGUACAUACAUCAGAUUUAAUGAACUCAGAUUUCUCUACCCCACUGAUGUUGUAAGUGGAACUGAGGCUCAUUCAGUUGAUCUGAAUUAUGUAUUUUUCUGUAUAGGGUUUACCCUAACCCUUACCUUAGGGAUAACCUAAACCCUAAACCUAAUCCUAGAACAUGUGUUUCUCAGCCCGAGGGUUCUGACGUUUGAUCUGAAUAUGCUACUAUUCCAUGCCUUCCUCAGGACCAGGCUUCGAAAGACAAGGCUCUCCAGAACAUGGCUGCAUUAUCCUCAGCCCAGAUCGUGUCUCCAAACCUGAUCAAGAGCCAGUUGCCACCCUUACCCCAGCCCCCCUACCCGCCCCCAGCCAGGUUUUGGCCAACGUCCAUCCCUGGGCAACCUGGACCUUCUUCUCAGGACAUCAAGCCUUUUGCCCCAUCCUACACCAGCCUCCCAGCACCCGUGCCAUCCUCCAUACCCUUUUCCCAGGUCUAUAAUAAACACCAUGACAACCGUAUCAAUUCAAAGGAUUUGAAUAUAUUUCGGGGCCCCCCUGACUCCCCCUCUUCCCCUCCCCGUCCAGCGUAUGAGCCCUUGGUGCCCCCCGGGCCCCCUGCGGCCACAGCUGUGCCCGUGUGGCAGGACCGCACCAUCGCCUCGUCCAAACUACGCAUGCUGGAGUACUCCGCCUUUAUGGAGGUGCAGCGAGACCCGGACACUUAUAGCAAACACUUGUUUGUCCACAUCGGUCAGACAAACCCAUCCUACAGCGACCCUCUCCUGGAAGCGGUGGACAUCAGGCAAAUCUACGACAAGUUUCCUGAGAAGAAGGGAGGGCUGAAGGAGCUCUACGAGAAGGGCCCGCAGAAUGCCUUCUUCCUUGUCAAGUUCUGGGCUGACCUGAAUAGCAGUGGGAUGCCCGAUGGGCCUGGCUCCUUCUACGGCGUCAGUAGCCAGUACAGCAGCCCGGAGAACAUGACCAUCACCGUCUCCACCAAAGUCUGCUCCUUCGGAAAGCAAGUGGUGGAGAAAGUCGAGACGGAGUAUGCAAGGAUGGAGGGAGGGAGGUAUGUGUAUAGGAUCCACCGUUCGCCAAUGUGUGAAUACAUGAUCAACUUCAUCCACAAGCUCAAACACCUGCCCGAGAAAUACAUGAUGAACAGCGUGUUAGAAAACUUCACUAUUUUACAGGUUGUGACGAACCGAGAGACUCAAGAGACAUUGCUGUGUAUAGCGUUUGUAUUUGAGGUCUCAACAAGUGAACACGGAGCUCAGUAUCACGUCUAUCGCCUCAUCAAGGACUGAGUCCUCACAGACAGUGGGCUGGGGAUGAACUUUAGUGACCAUCCAAGUGAUGCCACCAAACAAAAGACUGCACAACAUCAAACACAAACCAAAGUCAAACAGUUGGUACAAAUGACAAGGCAUAUAUAUUUUUUCUUUCAAUCUCCUCAAAGAACAUUGUACAAUAGGAUAACAUGGAUGACGCUUCAAGUCAAGAGGAAAGGAUUUAAGCCUAAGUUUAGGCUUUCAUUUUUUUGUUUUUAACAACACAUGUAUUUAAAUGCUUAAAAGACAAAAUGGGUCAAGUUGGUUUUGUUUCUUAUCAAUACAGAUAUUUUGUUUUGAUUUCUGAGGGUACUGAAAGUGCGAGUUUCAUGAUGGUUAAGAAUGUUCAUUAUUUCUCUACAAAGGCAAGAAUUUCUCUCCCUCAUAAGCAACACGUGCUGUAGAGCUUGAAGCAUGCAGAUCAUGGGCUAGGGGAUAACUAAAGGUUUACACACAGUUUAGUAUUUAAAAAAUAGUGAUAAUCAAAAUGGCAUAUGUUUUUUUUUUUGUUCUUUUUUGAGUAAUAAUGUAAACAGACAGAAGCCUCUGUCCAGUGAUGACUUUCGCUGAGUCGUCGUUCUGAAGUGCCUUUCGACUUCGCUGAGUCGCCGUUCUGAAGUGCCUUUCGACUACCUCACUUCAUAUGCACGGGUGGAGAGAGAGAGGACUGAGGGGUCACACACUACACCCCUUUUAGGCAUCUGAACACUCAACACUACAGCCGCAUCUGGACACAGCAAAGUGCCUCAGCAUCCUCGACCCCUACUCAAGUACACGUCUUCACUAUCACAGGCACAUAUGCAUCACUGAGAGGUCAAACAAGAUGAUGGGAAACAGAUGUGAUGCAAGGGACCUGGUAUCUAUUUUAACCUUGAAAUGAAGCAAUACUAGAUUCAACCAUCCGCAGGGCCUGUAUUCAAACAUCAACUAAUCAUUUGUUGGUGCUCUGACGUCUGUUACACGUUAUCCUUUUCAUAGUUGCCUUUCUUCUGCUCAGUCUGACUUUUGCUUGGACGUCAGUCUGACUUUUGCUUGAACAUCAGGGCCUAUGACGCCUGUCUGAUCCCAAAACAAAAGCACUAGGGCCUCAGCCUUUCUCACAGACUGACAAACCAGAUGAAUUAGGCUGCACCCUGUGAAUUAGUGACUGUGUGGACUGAGCAUUGUGCUUGCAAGAAUGUGUACAGUGUCAGGCUUAGCAAACAUAUCCUUUCUUUUGUCUAGAGUGGAAAAGACACUGUUUAACUGAGUGGGUGUGUGUGAGAGUAACAAAACUUGAGUUGAUGAAAGCCAUGAGAUUUUGAAAGCUGAGAAAGAGAGCCAAGCUGAACUGGACAUAAACAAAGUCAUCAGUAUCUGAGUAAGAGAGGAAACCUUUAAAACCGUGACCUUCUGGCCCUUAAAAAUCACCACUCAGUCCAAUAUGUGAACAAGCAUGUUAUAAAGAUGGCACGUUUUUUAAUUAAAAUUCUUUUAAUUUUUUUAGUUUUAUUUGAUUUCAUAAGCCCACUCCAUUCUUCCCUCCUUCCAUGGACACACCACAAGUAUCCGGAAUGGUACUUCUCUACUUUUUGGAAUUUUUAUGGAAUUUUUGCUAUUUGUGGUGUGUGCGUAAAUUUGGUCGUAUGUCGAGGAUAAUUUUGUUGUUGGAUGUGUAUGUUUAAAUAAGUCUUUUGUUCUGUGUUGAGUACUUAAAAACAGCAAGGAUAACUGACGACUCCAACUCUCAGGGCAUCCCCUUUUAGAGAGGAAUAAUAUUAAUACAAAAAUGAUAAUAUUUUAUAAAUAAUAAUUAAGAAUGCGCUCUGCAGGAUACUGACACAUGUUCUCCAGCCUUAAGAGGUUGUUUGACUUGAACCUGAAGUGGCCCUUAUGGAACCAAGCACCAAUCACUGAGAGUGACAGUCAUGCCGUGUUAAUGAGAGGGAGUGAAUCACUGGUUUUGUUGGAAGUAUAAGUUGGCAAAUGGUUAGUUUAGACUAUGGUGGAGAGAGCCAAACCACUGUGAAUUUUAUUGAAUGUACUUGGACAUGUUAGUCAAGGUGAUGGUGUAUUACAUCUGAGAAUCUGCAGACUAUAUGUGUGUACAUUGAAUUGGCCUAACAAUGUCUAAUAUUCAUUUUUUUGUUAAUGUCACAAAUAAUGUUUUGACACUGGUUUUGGGCCUAUCGUAAAAAGUAUUUCACCAAGAUGUUUGUACAGUUUGUCAGUGUUUAUUGAGGAGUGGAAUAACUGAAAUUCCUUUGGAGUGAUAUCAAGCAACAGAAGAGCUUUUCUACCAAAGUUAAUAUGUGAUGUAUCUAGAACAAACAACCAAAGGCUUAAAAAUAACGUUGUGUUGUAAACACAAACAACAAAACAGAAAUCUCUGCACUGUUUUCACUAUUCUUCUCAUGAGACUAUGCCAAAGCGUAUGCACCAGAGCUUUUGAAACAGUAGGGCAGAUGUUUGUGGAAAAACAUCCAGCCACUAUUCUGGCAUCCAACACAGAUGUACAGCAACAGAAAUGAAUGGUAACAUAAAUGUAUUGUAGCAAGCCGUGUGGCAUGGACUUCAACUCCAGGUGAAUAGACAUAUGACUUCACCCGUCUCAGCACCAUUUUGAUAAAACUCAGAACUCAGAAAAGCUUUAAAUGACUGCUGCCUUGUGUAGCUAUUUUUACUGGCUCUUGUUUUUUGUAUUAUUAUUGUUAUUAUUAUUAAUAUUAUUAUUAUUAUAUAUUUGUGCUUGUUCCUUGACUUUCGAUGGAUGCUGUUUGCUUCCUUUGAAAACUGUGUUUAUUUUUUAAAUAUGUUGUAUCUAAAUGGUGUGGGUGUUUUUUUGUUUAUUUGUUUGUAUUGGUUUGUUUGUCUUUUUUUUCAGAUUUUGGUUCCUUGUGGCCUUGGUUACCAACUGUGCAUUGUGAUCUUGUAUAUUCUGUUACAUUCAAAGUGAGGGGUGUGUAUAAUAUAAUCGUAAUGACAUGUAUAAUCUUUCAAUAAAAGGUUCAUGGUUCAUCAUGGGCCAUUUCUCUUCAGAGAA